AUGAGCUUCAUUUUGACCCUACCCAAGACAAGCACAGAGACAUGCAAGGAAUCCGGCUGCACUAUCGACCUGGGUUCAUCAAGCGUUCCCAAACUCUUGUCGGCUUCAUUCGCCGUUCAACAUGAGGUUAAUGUUCGCCUACGACUGCCCUUUCUCGUUCUCCACCCGGAAUUGGGCCAUUGCCUGCUCACUCCUCUCAUCCUGACAACCGCUGUUCUUCUCACUGCUGUGUACACGGACAUGGCGCCUCAUCCAUCUAGCGCAGACGCAACAUCAGCAACUGAUUCCACGACGGGGCGCCCUAGCGCACGAUCCGUUUCUGCAAAGGAAAAAAAUAGAAGACCGUGUCGGCCUUGCAGGAAAGUACGGCACAAGUGUAAAGGAGGCACACCAUGUCCCCGAUGCAUCCAGCGCAAGAUUCAGGACAAGUGUAUACUUGUGGAGGAAAGGACGUGGCUGCCUUCUGGGAGUCAAGAUCCAUUUGUCUAUGAGCUGGGACAGAGGACCAGAAAGACGACUAGGACCAGAAAGCAGACUUCCACAUCUAGUGAAAUUUCUUCGUCUAUUCCUGCAGUAGCUGAUUCAGCUGUUGACGCAGUACAGGGCCAGCUACCAAUAUUUCUGGACAGGCCUUGUUAUACAUCUCCAAUCAACAAUCAAGAGAAUUUGGCUGAUCCAACUAUGAGCCCUCCUGAAAGCAGCUCAAUUCAUGCUCAACAGGACAAUCUCAACAUAACUGGUUUGGGAAAUGGCUCUGAGAUAGCGUCAGAGCACUCAGAGAAUUUUACAGUGCAUGAUUAUAUGAACCCGGCAAGUGCAUUCAUUACUUUAUUGACUUCUCAAUCUCAUACACACGGUUUGUGGAAGGUUUCUGCAAGGCAUCAGGUUUUUUCUGAGGAGCAACCUGGUAUAAUGGAAGACGGUAGUACGUUUAAUUCUGGGCAAAAUGUACCCCCAAAUUCACAUAUCAUAGCCAGUACUAGAUACGUUGGAGGACAAUCGUAUAUAUACAAUGAACCCGGGAAUUAUGAGCCGCAGACUUGUCAGAACGAUACCGGGCAGCCACCAGGGAAUGGUUUUGGUGAUUCGGAUAUGUCCCCUAUGGCAGAGGCAGGCCCUUCAGGUUGGAGCGCGUUUAUGCCAGAAACUACGACGUUCCUCCCGACAGAAGAACAACUUCAGAAAAUGAUUGAUUUAAUAGCUCAGUAUCCAGAGUACCCUGAAUACUAUGGAUCAUUGUAUCAAGCAGGUUUAGCCGGGUCGGAGAAUCAAGCUUCUCAUCCCUCCUCGUCAUCUUUCCCAAAUUAA